CUAAACUUACUGCCUAUGCAGAGAAAAUCCAAUCUCUUAAUUUCUAGAUUUGAAUUGAAAUUUGGAAUAUAUUGAAAGAGAAGUUAAGGACGACUUGGAACUUAGGAGAUGAAUUUAAGUAAUGAAAAGGAGAGCUGUAAGAAUAAGAGAGAGGGUACUGGCAAUAUUUAAGGAAGCAAAUUCAGAACUAGGUGAGCAUUCAGUUCUUAAACCAAGAAAGAAAAAUUGCAGAAUUAUUAUAUACACCAGUGCAAGUAUGAGUGCACCUUGGGCCUUUGUGUUCUACGCACUUUUCCUGACCUAUUCCAAUUGUUUCAUGGGAUACGCCUCAAAGUCCCAGAAUGAAACAGACAGACUAGCAUUGCAAGCCAUCAAAGAUGCUAUAUCUCAGGAUCCAAAUGGAGUCCUGGAUUCUUGGAACACUUCUCUUCCUUACUGUCAAUGGCGAGGAGUAUCAUGCAGCAGCAAGCAUCGUCAGAGGGUAACUGUCCUAGACCUGUCCUCGCAGGGCUUGGUGGGUCGUGUCCCUGCUCACAUAGGGAACCUCAGCUUCCUCAGGGUUAUCCUCCUGCACAACAACAGCUUCCAUGGAGAAAUCCCACCAGAGAUUGGAAAGCUGCUUCGAUUAGAAACAAUCUGGCUAAGCAACAAUUCCUUCCUUGGGGAAGUUCCAAAAAAUUUAACCAGCUGUAUAAACCUUAGAGAGAUCAAUUUUAUUGACAACAAUCUCACAGGGAAAAUCCCUGUUGAGCUUGGUAUUAUACCAAAUCUUGCUGUUCUAUGCCUUGGCAAGAACAAUUUCAAAGGUAAGAUCCCACCUACCUUUGGGAAUUUCUCAUUUCUCAUCCUUCUUUCCUUAGAAGAGGCAAGUUUGGAAGGAAACAUUCCUGAGGACAUUGGUCGAUUAACGAGACUGGAAUAUCUAACAGUGGCAAGUAACAAUUUGACUGGUACUUUUCCUUCUAGCAUCUAUAACCUCUCAAGACUCACGAUUUUAUCUUUUCCACUUAAUAAACUGAAGGGAAACCUCCCAGUAGACAUUGGCUUCAGGUUACCCAACCUCCAAUAUCUAGCUCUUGGAGGAAAUCAAUUCACAGGUGUCAUCCCUAGUUCAUUAUCAAAUGCUUCACAACUUAAAAUGAUCUCUUUAACGGGUAAUUGGUUCAGUGGACUAGUACCUGUGGAACUAGGAAGGUUAGCAAAUCUAUCUUGGUUAAGACUUGGUGCUAACAUGCUUGGAACUAGAAGUGGGAAUGAUUUGAGUUUUGUAGGUUACCUAACCAACUGCACCAAAUUAAAGAGUCUCCUUGUAGGUGGAAAUCUUCUCAAAGGCUCAAUGACCCAAGCCAUAGUCAAUCUCUCCACUCAAAUAAGCUAUCUUUCACUAGGGCUAAACCAGAUCCAUGGAACUAUUCCUCCUGGAAUAGGGAACCUUGUCAACUUGAUUCUCUUGGAUAUGCAGUACUUGAUUCUACGUGGUAGUAUUCCUAAUGGGAUUGGCAAUCUUCAAAAGCUGUCAAAACUAUAUAUCCCAGGAAACCAGUUGGAAGGACAAAUUCCAACCACCCUUGGUAACCUUACAGCUUUAUAUGAUCUCCAGUUAAGUCAAAACAACUUAUCUGGAGCGAUACCUCCUAGUCUAGGAAACUGUCAAAUGUUACUGUGGUUAGAUCUGUCUGAAAAUGACCUUGAUGGAUUUAUACCUGCACCAGUGUUUGGCCUUCCCUCCAUUGUGUCCGUCAAUCUAUCACGCAACUACUUAACUGGUACGUUGCCACCAAAUGUUGGCAACUUGAAACAACUUGAAACUUUAGAUGUCUCUAAGAACAAACUGUCAGGUGGCAUUCCAAGCACGCUUGGCUCUUGUUUAAGCUUGGAAACUAUCUGCGUGAACGACAACUCUUUUGAGGAAACAAUCCCUGAGACCUUAAGUAGUUUGAGGGGAUUACAUAAGCUAGAUCUCUCGCAUAAUAACUUGUCUGGGAUGAUACUAGAGAAUUUUGGUAGGCUUCCAUUUCUUAAGAUUUUAAAUCUCUCUUUCAAUGAUUUGGAGGGUGAAGUUCCACAAACUGGCCUUUUCAGAAAUGCCAGUGUCAUUUCUCUUACUGGAAACAGAAAGCUUUGUGGGGGAAUUCCCGAGCUGAAGUUGCCUGCAUGCACUGUGCCACACUCGAAUAAAAGAGGACGUUUUCUGUCUUCCAAAGUGUUGGGUCCAUUAAUUGUUAUUGCUGUUUGCUUAGUUCUGUUUGUUGGCUUCUUUAUUCUGCGCCACAGAAGGCGCAAGUCAAUUGAAAAUUCUGCUUCUGCUCCUCUCAACAAUCAAUUCAUCAAAAUUUCAUACCGUGAGCUUCUUCAAGCAACUGAUGGUUUCUCCAAUGCCAAAUUACUUGGUUCUGGAAGCUACGGUUCAGUAUAUAAAGGAUUUCUUCACGAAAGUCAAUCUCUCAUUGCAGUGAAAGUCUUCAAUCUUUACCACAGAGGAGCUUCAAAGAGCUUCAUUUCUGAAUGCAAAGCCUUAAGAAACGUCCGCCACCGAAAUCUCCUGAAGAUAAUGAGUGCCUGUGCGAGUGUAGACUAUCAAGGUAAUGACUUCAGAGCUGUCAUCUAUGAGUUUAUGGCAGGAGGAAGUUUGGAAAGUUGGUUACAUCCACAGCAAGUUGCAGAUGAUGAACGUGACUUGAAUAGAAGUCUUAAUCUUGAACAGAGAUUAAGCAUUGCAAUUGAUGUUGCUUCAGCUCUUGAAUAUCUUCACUGUGAUUGUCAACCACCAACAGUUCAUAGUGAUAUCAAACCCAGCAAUGUUCUUCUUGAUGAUAACAUGGUUGCUCAUGUGGGUGAUUUUGGUCUCGCAAAAGUUCUUUCUAAGGUUUCUUGUGAUGUGCAAAAUGAUAAAUCUAGCUCAGUCCUCAUAAAAGGAUCUGUUGGAUAUGUUGCACCAGAGUAUGGUAUGGGUGAAGGAGCAUCCGUUCAGGGAGAUGUAUACAGCUUUGGGAUACUCGUUCUAGAGAUAUUUACAGCAAGGAGACCAACUGAUGACAUGUUUCAGGGGGAUAUGAACCUUCACAACUUCGUUAGAAUGUCACUGCCGGAGCGAUUGAUGGAUAUAGUUGAUCCAAAGCUGAUUUAUGAAAAAAAUACAAUAGGAAGGAGUGUGCUGGAUUGCUUGGCCUCAGUGCUGAGAGUAGGACUAUCAUGUUCCAUGCAGACGCCCAAAGAUCGGAUGGAAAUAAAAAAUGUUGCAAGGGAAUUACAUAAGAUAGCGGAAGCCUAUGAAAGAAAAGGUAAUGAUGGAGCAGAACAGUUGCAGGAAAAGACCAUUACAAUUUCAUAG